AUGCUUCCAACACCUUCUACCACUAAAGAGAGCACCCAAAACAAUCCAUCAUCUUCUAAUCAACAACAACAACAACCCCACCCUUCUCCAACACAACCACAAGAUGCAGAACCACAACAAGAUGCAAAACAACCACAAGAUGCAGAACAAUCUUUCGUUCUUUCAUUUUCACCUCCAAAUUCUCCUGAAGGGACCUUGUCGCCUUCAUUGCAAGCACCAUCCACGAGUCCCUUCUCCAACACAACAACGAACAGUACGACACGUCUCACCAUUGGUGGCGAAAUGGAUGCCAAUUCAUUAUAUUUGACCAUGAAUGCUUCUUCUGUCAGUUGUCAUUAUAAAUCUCUCACUCCCAUUCCAUCGAGUGACAAGUUCCCAACUUUGAGCCAAACCACCACUACCACCACUGCCAACAACGAUGAAAACUCAAAGAAGGAAGGAAAUAUUUCAACAACAACCAUUUGCACACACCGUCCAGAAUUUUUCGGUGGAAUCUCCCAAGAUAUUGAAAGUACCGUUCGAAAUGAAAUCCAUUACAAAAUGUCAGCUGUUCAUACUUGUCAUGGAUCUGUGGCUCAACAUUCCACAAAAUCGAACAACUCUCUCACAAAAAGCACUCUGGAGAAUGGUGAUGGUUUCAUUCAUAUCAAGACAUGUUUUGGAGUUUUACAAUUGAGUGGAAUGAAAAUGUUGAGUCUGACUUCUUUAACCUUAAAUCUCUUUGCGUUCCUUUUAUUAGCAUUGAUGAUUUCAGUUGCAUUUGUCGGUCAAAUCAUGUUUGCUCAUAAAUUUGACAAUUUGGAUCUUUCGAGUGCCUAUUAUCGAGAGGGAAUGAUUGGUUCAUGUCGAAGUGCAGUAUUUUCAAAUAUUUCACAUGACAUGACUUGGCUCUAUAUUGUGAAAUUUGAAAACUUUUCAAAAUGGUUUCAGGAGAAUAUGGAUUUUAUGGUAACGUCGAGUGUGAUGAGAAAUGUUUACUUGAGUGGAAAUCGAACCUUCAACGAUUUGAAAACUUUUAAAGCCAUUGCAAUCGAACGUCAAGCGAUUUCCGUGUUGAAAGAGAAUGGAAAUCACUCGGUGGCCAUGCAAUGGUUGGAUUCGCCUUUAUAUUUAAAUAAUGUGGAAGCCUAUUCGGAAGAAUUUCAACCACUUGUUGAUUUUGUUUAUGGACUUCAAGUUUUUACAAGAAAUUUCAACGUCAUUAUCACCACGGCAUGUCUUGUGACCAUUGUCGUUUCAUUUAUCGUUGUGGCUCCCACUGUGAUUGCUUCCCUUUGGGUUUCAUUGAAACGAGACACUUCGAAUGCAAACAAGUUGAAACAUGUGAAGGCCUUAUUGUUACAAGACACGAUGCGUGAUCAAAAGUUGAAACAUCUCUUUAAGGAACAUUGCAAGAAAGAACUGAGUUUAGAUAAUUAUUCAUUAUUGGACAAGAUCCAUGAUUACAAAGCUCUUUGUGAAAAAAGUUUUGACAUUCAAGUGUACUUGUUUGACAGCAGUGACACUUCAAGUCUUUCAGAUGUCACUUCAGAAACAGGUUCAACUCUUAAUGAAUCCAAUUCCAGUCAUAAAAAGAAAAAGAAGAAGGGUUACACUGAAAAAGAUUUACGAGAAAUUGAAAAGAAAAAGUUUGAAAUUGCCUUCGAAAUUCACACCGACUAUUUGGAUGUUCAUGGAGACAAAUCUGUGAAUAUCAACAAAAAUUUGGCAGAACAUGUGAAACAACAAUUGGAUUUCUUUGCGACCAAUCAGAAUGAACAAUUAGCAGAAGAUUUAUUUGAUUCUGUGGAGCAUGAAAUUUGUUUUGUCAUGAUGGACACACAUAUGAGAUUUAAAGCCUCAUUGGAAAAUCAAAAACAAUCCAAGAAGGAGAUUUUAAAGAACAAGAAGAAGGCAAUGAAAUGA